CAUAAGGAAGACGGGGAGAUCAGAGAGAGGCAUCGAAGUACUAACGAACGAGGAACACUUUCCCCAUCCUUAUUCUCUCCUCAUCUCAAAUCUGUAUCUUUAUAUCCUCAUCUCCUGCUGGAUUUUGAAACUUGUAUCUAAUAUUCUGUGAGUUGUAUCCGAAUUGAGAGUAGAUCUAUAUCGUGGUUCCUAUCACGCCGCGAUCCAGAUCUUGUCCCGGCGGAUGGUCCGGCCAUGGAUUAACGGUGACAUGCCGCCGCCGCCAGAGGACAUCCAGCUGACGCCGUGGGACCUCCGGCUCCUCACCCUCGGUUACAUGCAAAAGGGGAUCCUUCUUCCCAAGCCCCCCGUCAGCAAUGGCGAGAGGCUCGUGGACACACUGGCGUCGUCCCUGUCCCAGGCCCUGGGCUGGUACUACCACUUCGCGGGCCGGCUCGCCGUCGGGGCCCACGGCGACGGGAACAUCACCAUCCCGCUACGCUGCACGGGCGAAGGCGCCAAGCUCGUCCAUGCCGCGGCGCCCGCCGUGGCCGUCACCAUCGCCGGCUCGCUCUACACUCCUUCCUCGGUGCUCUCUGAGUUUUUCCCUUUCAACGGGGUGCUCAACGUGGACGCGUCCAUGGAUCCGCCGCUCCCCGUGCUGUCGGCCCAGGUCACGGAGCUCGCCGACGGCGUCUUCGUCGCCAUGUCCAUGAACCACUCCGUCGGCAAUGGCACCAUUUUCUGGGAGCUCUUCAACGCCUAGUCCGAGAUCAACCGAGGCGAAGGAGACGAGAACAAUGCAGAAAUGAUCUCCUCCAGGAAGGCUCGCCCGAAGGCUUGCUGCGCGGCCGGGGACGUCAUGGGCAGAGGGCUCGGGUGGGCCGCGUGGCAGCUGAACCGCGGAGU